GACCCACGUGUACCACAAAAAUUCUAGCCUCCACUCUUUUCCACAAACCAUAUUACUUUUCGUCUCUUAAUUCGCAUGAGUAAAGUUAGGUCAUCAAGGUUCGCCUCAUUUUCACCAACAGAGUUAAAUGCAAGUCAUGCAAAUUCCAUGUUAGUAAUUUCUACUUUGAUAUAAAACAACAAUUUUAUGACCACCUACCUCUCAAGUUGUUACCAUGAAAACCCUCUCUCUUUCGCCGUUGCUUGCUCCUACUCCUAGUGCCCUAGUUGGUAGCAGAGCUUUUGCAAACGCUUUAACUUUAACCGCAAAGUGUUUUCCCAAGCAACUUCAAUUCCACUCUCGAUGUGUUGUUUUCUCUACUCACUCGAGUUCCACAACUCUAUCUGUGGAAUCACAAGUAGAAAAGAAGCGGGUUUUUGAUGGAGAUAAGGCUUCUUUGCUUGUUACGGAGCUCAGAAAGAAUUUUGAUUCAGGCAAGACUAAGAGUUACGAAUGGCGGAUUUCGCAAUUGGAGGCCAUAGCUAAGAUGUUGGUAGAGAAAGAGGAGGAAAUUAUUGAUGCUCUUGUUAAGGACCUUUCUAAACCUAGAAUGGAAGCAUAUAUAACUGAGAUUUUCCAGGCGAAAUCUGCAUGCAAUGAAGCACUUCAAGACCUGAAACACUGGAUGAAGCCUGAAAAGGUGAGCACUUCAAUCACAACAUUUCCAUCAUCAGCAGAGAUUGUUUCAGAACCACUGGGAGUUGUGUUGAUCAUAUCAACAUGGAACUUUCCUAUGUUAUUAUCAUUGGAUCCGGUCAUUGGAGCCAUUGCAGCAGGUAACACAGUGGUUUUGAAACCAUCAGAAAUUUCUCCCGCAACAUCAUCCCUGCUUGCGAAUUUGCUAGAAAGUUAUCUAGACAAUUCUGCCGUAAGAGUUGUUGAAGGUGCUGUUCCUGAAACAACUUCGCUCUUGGAGCAGAAGUGGGAUAAGAUACUUUAUACAGGUAGUGCUCGAGUAGGUCGCAUUGUUAUGGCUGCUGCUGCAAAGCAUCUUACUCCAGUGAUUCUGGAGCUUGGAGGAAAAUGUCCAGCUGUUGUUGAUUCAAAUAUCAAUUUACAAGUCACUGCUAGGAGGAUCAUAGCUGGCAAAUGGGGAUGCAAUAGUGGACAAGCAUGCAUUUCUGUUGAUUAUAUCAUCACAAGAAGAGACUUUGCCCCAACACUUAUAACUGCUUUAAAAAAUGAGUUGGAGGAAUUUUUUGGGAAAGAUCCGAUCGAAUCCAAAGGCAUGUCUCGUAUUGUGUCUCCUACUCAAUUUGCAAGACUCGUGAGACUCUUGGAUGAGGAUAAGGCAUCUGAUAAAAUUGUUUUAGGAGGUCAGAGAGAUGAGAAGACAUUAAAGAUAGCUCCAACUAUCUUAUUGGAUGUUCCGGAAGAAGCUAUGGUUAUGCAAGAGGAGAUAUUUGGGCCAAUAUUACCAAUUAUUACUGUAGACAGCAUAGAAGAUAGCUUCAGUAUAAUAAAAUCAAGGCCAAAACCUCUUGCUGCAUAUCUCUUCACAAACAAUGAGCAGCUGAAGAAGGAUUAUGUUGAUAAGAUAUCUUCUGGAGGAAUGCUCAUCAACGAUGCUGUUGUGCAUGUUGCAACUCGUGGAUUGCCUUUUGGAGGAGUUGGAGAAAGUGGAAUGGGCGCUUACCAUGGAAAGUUCUCUUUUGAUAGUUUCAGCCAUAAGAAGUCAGUUUUAUAUAAAGGUUUUGAUUCAGAUCCAUCCAUAAGGUAUCCACCAUACACGCCUGAGAAGGCGAAAUUGUUGAGGGCCAUUUUAGAUGGUAGUAUUUUUCACAUUAUUCUUGCUUUGCUUGGAUGGUCUAAAUAAUGAUGAUAUGGAAGGGAAAUGUAAAUGUAACAAUGUUCUUGUUCCCCCCAGUCUCUGAUAUGUGUCCUGCUCCUGCAUUUUUUUAUAUGGUGGAGGGCCAGAGGCCCAAUAACUGUGAAUAAACUUAUCAAAAAUCACUUGUAAAACAAGUGAAAAGAAUUUUACAAUAGUUCUAUAUUUAAAUAAUAAUUUUCCUUAUGCAAGAA